CACCGGGUCCCGGGUGGAAAUUCCCCGCCAGCACCUGGUGAUUGCCAAGGAGCACUGACAGGGGAGAGGUCUAUAUCAUGCUGCUUUGUAUUGCUCUGUAUAGCAGAACAAUACAACGCAGUAUGCUUACAUAGUAAAGCACACACAGUAAAACAGCACACAGUUAACCCUUUGAUCGCCCCAGAUGUUAACCCCUUCCUGCCCAGUGUCAAUAGUACAGUGUCAGUGCUUUUUAUUAGCACUGUUCACGGUAUUAGUGUCACUGGGGAUGUCAGUGGCAGUUAGUCUGUUCCCCCCCAGUGUCUGAAUGCCUGCCGCAGUCCCGCUAUAA